UUUCGCACCAAUUACCGUGGGCCUUGGCCCGCGGGGGCGGGUGUAAUUGUGGCGGUGGAGAGGGUGCGGGUCUGUUGUCGGUGUUGGUGCCCUUUGUUGUAGCGGUGGGCUCGGCGGUUUCGUGUUGUGCUGGAGCUCACUGAGGGACGUGGAUCUUCCUGCUUCUGACACAGUGCGGGGGAAGCGCCGAGCCGAUUGAACGGCCCACGCCUCAUCCAUGAUAAUUCAGCGCUGACCCGUGUGUGUGCAUCCAUCCUGGGCUCCCUGUGGCCGAUGUCCGUCGGCUGAAAUAAGAUAUCCAGCACCUGCAGUCUUUGAUUUGCAGUAAAUUAAAUUUAAAUUGAUUUCCCUUCCCCUCAAAUACUGUUGGCAACCUCCAUAAAGAGAGAGAAUGAGGAACAUGGAUGUAAAAUAUCAUGGAUGAUACAUUGAACAAUGUUCAAGUCAAAACAGUCAACGAUUGCAAUGGCAACAGAGACAGAACAUGCUCAAGCACUGCUGAAAACAUUCAGCACAGCAUCAGUCAUUUCAAGUAUUGGACUAGGAAUCUUCUGCUUCCUCUCUGAUCAGUGUUUACAGCUUUCAUUAAUACAGAGCAACGAUUGGCUUAGGGCUCUUUCAGACAACACUGUGCAUGGUGUCAUCGGACUGUGGUCUUGGGCUAUUGUCAUUGGAUUGAGAAAGAAGAGUGAUUUUUAUGAGGUAAUUUUAGCUGGCCUUCUGUCUUCUGUCAUUGACGCUGACCACUUUGUGGCAGCUGGAUCCUUAUCUUUGAAGGCUGCAUUGCAUCUCCCACAGAGGCCUCCACUACAUUGUUCCACAGUCAUACCUGUGGCGGCCUUUUCAGUGAAACUUGCCAUGUGGAUAUUGAGACUUAAAGAUUCUUGGUGCUUCCUUCCAUGGAUGGUUAGCAUUUCUUGGGUCUCCCAUCAUGUCCGUGAUGGCGUCCGCCACGGUCUUUGGUUCUGUCCCUUUGGAAGUACAGCUGCUGUGCCAUAUUGGACCUACAUAGCAAUUACAUCCUCGUUCCCACACCUUUGCUCUGUUCUAAUGUACAUGACUGGAACUAAAGAAACAAUGUCCAUGUCCCAUGGAAUUGCAAUUGAUGUAUAACACUGUGAUGUUUUUUUUAAAGGUACAGCACCCUGCACUGAACUGUGUUAAUAUGGAAAUUCUAACUAGUAGUAUACUUUUUGUGGGACUUUGUGUAAUAGGGGAUCAUGGCAUUAUGCAAUCCAUUCAAAAUCAUCAUUACAUUCCAUUCACUGAAGCUGCUUAAUGUUUGUGUAUUUAGGAAAGUAGCUGUAAUACUUUAAACUUGUAAACAUGAUCAAAUCUUCACAACACAACUGGCUUUCAAAUGAUCAAGUGAAUGUACUGUGAUUGGUAUUUAUUUAUACAAGGAUGUUAGUUUGUUGAAAAUAGAUGCUAUGGUGUGAAAGCACUGGAUUAUCUAUAGUUGUGACUAUAAUUUAUGACACUUAAUAUUUUGUAAACAGUGAGUAAUUUUGUUUAUAGUGAUCUGAAAUACAGGUGUCCCCCGUUUUUUGAACAUUCACUUUACGUCAACUCACUGUUACGAAAGACCUACAUUAGUUAUUUGUUUUCGCUAACAGAAGGUAUUUUCACUGUUACGAAAAAAGGCAGCGCACGCCAAGCAGCCAGGCUCCUCCCCCAGAACUGCAUUCUAGCCGGCAUUGCUUAAACACGUGCCUGUGAGUAUCUGUGCUUUAUGUCGAUUUAUUUUGUGCAUCCAUUAGCAAGAUGAGUUCUAAGGCAUCAGAAAAGAGUGCAUAAGGGUGUUACACUUAGCUUAAAACUAGACAUAAUUAAGCAUUUCGAUCAUGAUGAACAAAGUAAGGACAUAGUGAGUUUGGCUAAGGGUUUGUGGAAGUUGAUGAAGAUGAUGUUGAAGAGGUUUUGGCAUCCCGUGACCAAGAACUGAGAGAUGAAGAGGAAAGGAUAACAAUUGAAAUCAAACGCAGUAGUGAACGCAGAAAGUGAAGUUGUCCAGGAACUGAACAGGAAGCAAUUGCGUGAGAGUUUUGCUGCAAUUGACAAUGCUGCAAUGAUUGCAGAAAAGUAUGACUUUAAUUUUGAAAGGGUACGUAGGUUUAGGGCAUAUUUGCAGGAUGGUUUGAGUGCUUACAGAGAACUGUAUGAUAGAAAAAUGCGCAAGGCUAAGCAGUCAAGCAUACUGUCGUUUUUCAAGCAUUCGACAUCAGCCACAACAGACGACAAAACUCAACUUUCGACAUCGAGGCAGGCAGACAUAGAAGGUGACUUGCCUGCCCUGAUGGAAACAGACGACGAUGAGAUGACACCCCAGUCUCCUCUACCUCCCACCGCCCCAACCUUCGACGACUCAGCCUAACACACCAUCAUCAGUGUCCUCACUGUCUUCCCGAUUCCAGUAAGUGAAACUACACUGGGCGUACAUUAUUUCUACUUUAUAUAGGCUGUGUAUUUUUGUGUUAUCUGGUAGCUUCAUAGCUUAAAGGUUACUGGAAAGAAUGCUUCUGCUGGGAGAGCUUGCGCCAUGUGUUUCUGCUAGGAGUGCUUGCACCGUGUGUUUUUGCCACGAGUGCUGCCGAGAGCGGUUGUGUGAGAUUUUCGCUACAGUGGACAGUGCUGCAAUAAUUGUAGAAAAGUAUUCCUACAUUAUAUAGGCUGUGUAUUUAUCAGAUCAUUCCUGCUUUUACUAUAUGUUACUGUUAUUUUAGGUUUUAUGUGUUGUUUGGCAUGACUUGGUAGGUUAUUUUUUGGGUCUGCAAACACUCACAAAUUUUUCCCAUAUAAAUAAAUGGUAUUGCUUCUUCACUUUACGGCA